CAGUUUCUAGGUAGAGUGAGAUUUCAUUUCACAACGUCCACACAAAAGCUUUUCUGCUUCAUCCCCCACCCCAAAACCCCUUCUCUCUCUAUCUUUUUUCUUUUUCUCUCUCUCUCUCUCUCUUUAGAACUGUGUCUGUUCUUUUAACGUAUUUUUCUUUCUUCAUUGAUUGAGCUGUAUACCCAAGUACAAUUACCCAGCAGAUCUGAGUUCUGAUACCAUGGGUCACUCCCCCCUGAGGAAUCCUAUGUCUUUCCCUCUACGCUUUCUUCUUUCCCUCUUCUCCCCUUUUCUAAGUAUUGACUAAAUUGCCUCAACUUCCACAGAUCUGAGUGUCUUCCAUUGGCAUUUUCCUUUCAUUUCAAAAUUCAUCAUUUUUUUAUUCCUUUUUCCGGUCUCCAAGAUAUUUGUCACGAAUCUCUAUAACGAAGUUUCCAAUCCUUAGAUUCCCAAAAUAAGAAGUUCCCCAUUUCAGUUCCGUGCCUAAACUUCUUCAUUGAUUUUUGGUUUUGCCUGCUAUCUAACUGAACUUUAACAUUUGAAUGGAAAGCGCCGCUGGUGGCAGCGGCAACAGUAGUAGUCUAAGAACAUUGAUGUUCAAUGAUAAAAUCGAUACUCCUAACCUCGGAGACUUCCUCAGAGUCAAAGAAAACAACAAUAAUAUUACAGCAGGUCUUACGUUAGGCGCUGUGUUGAGCAACAAACCAGAAUGUUCUACUUCUUCUUCCCCUGUCCAUUCCUCCAACAGAACUCUUCUUGAUAUCAUUCAAGAGGAUCCUAACAGCAGCAGAAAAACCCGAAAAACUUGGAAACAUUUCAGAAACAAACUCCGUCUUAAACGUGCUGCCGACACAUGGACUUCUAACAUUUCCAUUCAACAGGGUAAUAACAAUCCGAUAGUUAUGUCUCGUAGGCUGUCCCCUCGAUCACCUCCUCCCCUUGAUGAUGUUACUUACCCAGAGGACCUGCCCGUUGAAAAUUUCGGUCAGCCGGAGAUUUCUGCAUCUGGGUCACAAAGAAUAUUGCGAAGAAUUUCGAGCAGAAAUGAAACUGCAGAAGAGGAAGAAAGUGAAGGGGAAAAUGCCGGAGGAGAUGAACCGGUGAGGAUGUCAUUAAUGGCGUUAUUAGCAGAGAAUGAUGGAGAUGGGUCAGCCUAUAUGAUAGGAGAUGGAGAUGGAGAUGAAGAAGAUGACGAUGAUGAGGAAGAGGUUGAUGAUAAUGGAGUUUCCGGCGCCGGCGACGGCGCCGGUGUCGGUGCCGUCGGAGAAUAUAACAAUUGUUGUGUGUGUAUGGUGAGACAUAAGGGUGCUGCGUUCAUACCAUGUGGACAUACAUUUUGCAGGUUGUGUUGUAGGGAGCUUUGGGUUCAAAGGGGUAAUUGUCCUCUCUGCAACAAUUUGAUUUUGGAAGUUCUCGACAUUUUCUGAUCAAUUUGAACCAUUUCAACUUCGACAGCUUCAAUAUUUAGCCUUUUAAUUUAUUUUCUCUUCUUCUUGGUUCCCCCAGCUUGUUUCAAUGUUGCAUCAUUACAUUUGUCUCUAUAUCCUUUUCUGAAUUAGCCCAAUUUAGUGGCUUUGUGAAUUAGUGAUUAUUAGCUAGUGAUUAUUAGUCAGGCAUGAAUAGGAUAAUGGUCCUUGCUAUCCUUUGUUUAUAUUGUACCUCUGUCUUGUAUGGACUAAUAUUCAAAGUAUGAGUACAAAAACAGAGAAGAAACAAAGGUCUUAUUUGGGAUCA